CAGCAGCAGCCGGCGGUCGGUCACAGCAGCGGACACUCAGAGGAAUCACGACCAAAACUCCGACCUUUUGAGUUCUGAGUUAUCAACUCCUCUGACAGCUGACCCAGCCCGUGUCCCCUUCACGGACGAGUCUCCCGCUGUUAAAAACACUCUCUUAUCCAACAGCUGAAGUCUCAAAAAGUGAACCGAGCCGAGAGGUGGACUUCUGUGCUUCAGACCGACAUCUGGCUCCCAGAGGUGUUCUGUGUCAGAGCUUCAGAGGAAACUAUCUUCCCCACAUCCUCUCUCAGUGUGUGUCUGCAGCUGACUCAUUUUGCAGAGCCCGGGACCAUGGCGGAGUACAGCUCUCUGCUCAGCGACCUGUCUGAAAACAUCACCAACGAGGAUUUGGAGCAGCUCAAAUCUGCCUGCAAGGAGGACAUCCCUGAGGACCAGAGCAACAACAUCACCUCCUCCAAGGAGUGGUUCAGCUACCUUGAGAAGAACGACAAGCUCGCCCAAGAUAACCUGUCGUACAUUGAGCACAUCUUUGAGAUCUCACGGCGACCGGACCUGCUGACAAGGGUGAUAGAGUACCGCACCACUGUGCUCAAGAUCUCUGAGGAUGAUGAGAUUGACACCAAGCUCACCCGCAUCCCCUCUGCCAAGAAAUAUAAAGAUAUCAUCCGCCAGCCCUCUGAAGAUGAAAUCAUCAAGUUGGCCCCGCCCCCUAAAAAAGUGUGAGCACAAUACCUGCUGGCCUGCUCUUUGCACCUUAACGUCUCCACUCCUGGCCCUUAAAUCAACCAGCCAACCAUUUCUCCUCCACCUCAGCCUCGUCCACAUCCCUUCUACACGCAUACACCAAUCCCCAUCAUCCUGCACCUCUGACUCCCAGGAACCCCAUGCUGCCGCACAGAGCCUUGCAGGCUGCCACCUACAAAGCAACCAAUGAGAUUGUAGCGACGCAGCCUCCUGCCCAGAUGAUUUAGGGAUGGCAAGCUGCAAAAAUAAAAGACUUUACAAGAAAAUCAUGGAAGACGGACCAACAAAGUAUGUGUGGGAUGAAGGAGCUAAAGUUGAUCCUGAUUGAGAUGCUGAGUGAGUCAGUUCAGAAUGGGUGAAAUGUGUGAUGUUCUGCGUGUGCGUGUCGUUCUUGGUUGUUAGUUAAGAUCACAUCCAACCACGAGGAAGCAGAAAUGGCAAAUCCUGCCUCCAUGCAAAACUAAAUGAAACGGCAAAGGGUUUUGGAAAACUCAACAAACAAACAAAAAAGCCUAAACAAUACCACUGAAGUCACUAGCUUACCUACCGGCACAUAUUAUUGCAGAGAUACUGAACUGUGGCUAACAAUUCAUUAGCACCUAAAAUGUCUGGUUUGAGAAUUAUCUCUGUGCAAAAUAACCAAACGUCAAAUAAAAUGGUCGGAAAAUCAUUUACUACUAUCUGAGCAUAAACUACAACUUAAAUACUUGAAGUGACUCGAGAAAAAUUCCCAAACAUUGAGUGAAGUUCAAUUAAGUCUUGCACCUUGGUUCAUGUUUGUGCUUGUUUUAGCGUUAACUGUGUUGCUUAAAAGUGCGGCGUGUUUGCGAUAUCAAGAAUAGAGUUGAUUCUGUGGAUCUUCUGCUUACUAGCAGAGAAUUAGCACUGGUGCAAGACUUAGUGG